GCCAUAUCUCCUUUCUCAUGCUCAGGUCCGUCAUUAUAGUUUCCAGUGCUCUUUAAACCCUGCAGAUUCAUCUUGUCCCGGCAUAGUUGGCUGGCUCUGGCUCGUGUGAAGCUCAGGUUCGACUCAAGUGUUCAGCUCACUUGUUCUUAACAGGCUCGUAUCAGGAGGCAGGGCUGCUGGAAUCACUCAAGAAUGAGUGGAGCUGUGGUUAGCGGGGUGAGGAGGUUGAGCACCAUCUCAGAGCAGGACGGGGACACUGAAGCAGAGCCCGUGUCCCUCGUGUCCUCGGGGGACAGUGAGUGGGCCGGAUCCAGUGCUUCGCUCUGCUCUGGUGGAAGACCCAGCGUCCAGAGCAGCACCUUCACCUCCUCUGAGUCCUGUCAGCCGGACGCAGCAGAUGACUGCGCCUCCAUCCUGCUGGCUUGCCUCUACUGCCGCUUCUGUGACGUCAUGGCCAUGCUUCCUGACGCUUGUGAGCGAGCGUUUGGCCGCUGCUUCCCCUCUUACAAGUAUUACAACACCUCGGAUGAGCCGGCCAAAGGAAAAGACUGCUGCAGCUGUAAGGUGGAUUUUGACUGUGGUUUCAUGAACUCCUGUCAUGAGGCCAGUGAGCUGAUAGAGCUGGCGAUGGAGAUAUCUGAGGUCUGCUACCGCUGAGAGCCUCUCCACUGUCUGUCAUCCAGGACUGAGAUAAACCAUCGCUGCUUGAGUCCUAUCUUCAUAUGGUGCACGUUUCUAAAAGACUCGGAGUUACAGUGUUUCAUUGUCUCUAAAGACAUUUGUGAUUUCAUGCAGGAGAAACCAAAGUUCUGGUUUUAGGCAACAAAAUAAAGCAUGUAACUGUGCUUGAUCUUUUUUUAUUUUUUUUUACUGAAACUUUUUAUAAACAACAAUAUGCACAAUGCAUUUACUUAAAAUAUUAACAUUAAAAAUCAUACUAAUAAUAAGGAUAGGAUAAGAUAAGUAACCAUACAAAAUGAAACAUUAAUUAAAUGAAAAAAAGAAACUGUUAAUAACUUACAAACUUGAUUCCAAAAAAGUUGGGACACUGUACAAAUUGUGAAUAAAAACAGAAUCCAAUGAUGUGGAAGGUCUUUGUCGUAUCUUCAUCAUUAUGAUGCACCAAAUGUUUUCU